AUGCCCGCCUACAGGACGCGCGAUGCGCACCCACGAUCACUCGAGAUCACCACGGACGCGCCCCAGCUGGAGCCCCCCAGCGUCUCCAUCAUCGCCCCCACGCCCCGAGCAUUCACCUUCCCUAUCAACACCGGUCCCUUUCCACCGUCCGUCGCCAGUCCGUUCUCCUCCCCCUCGGCGUCCCCCUUCGACGAAAGUCGCUCGCCGAUCACGCCUGUGUCGACACCACCAUUAGUUCGCACCUACACCCCUUCAUCCGAGUUGUCCUCACCUACGUCCUCCUCCGUGUACUCCCCCACCCGCGGAACGCCCGCUUCGCAGUGGCGUCGUCGUAAGUCUUCCGGUUCCGUGGUCACUGAACCCGAGCGGCGGCCCAAGAAGGGCGACGAGGACUACAUCAAGCGCCCCGAGAACGCCUUCAUCCUCUUCCGCCGGAAAUGCGUAGAGGAUCGCCUGCAGGCCGCGCAGGAGCAGGCGGAGUCGUCCUCCACGAGCGGCGAGAAGGGCAAGGUGAAGAAGCAGCGGCAGGCGGAUCUGUCCAAGAUGAUCAGCCAGCAGUGGAAGGCGCUGACGCCGGAGGAGAGGACGCACUGGGAGGAGCUUGCGAAGGAGAAAAAGAAGGAGCACGAGGCGCUGUACCCCCACUACGUUUACCGCCCGCAGCGCGUCAAGAAGAGCGAGAAGGCAAAGGCGGCGGCGUCUAAGAAGGGGAAGGGUGCGGCGAGAGGUGAGGAGUACGAACCGGACUUGGACAGUAUGUCCUUCAUCCUCCCGAUCCCGGCGAUGCCUACGUCUGCGCGCCACGGACGUUCGAUAUCCGCCCCGACGCCUCCGGUCGCAUACCAGACGAUCCAGCUCCCGAGCAUCUCCUUCAUGCCUUCGUGCCCCAGCUCUCCGACGCUCGGCCCGAUGCCUCCCAUCCGGAGAAGCUCCGUCGACCGGACUCCGCGUCCCACCGACCGAUCAUACGAGGCUGCGCCGUCUCAGACCCUCAUGCCGCCCAUGGCAGCACCGACGGACUACUCGUCGACCUUCCCUGGCCAAUAUCAGGGAAUGUACGAGUUGCGACCACUUGUGUUCCCCGAUCAGUCGCAACACCCGUCGAUGAGCCUCCCUCCGCUCACCAUGCCUGCAUCACAGCACUCCACGAUGCAGCUCGUCUCUCCAGCCGACUCGAUCGCGUCCGGACCCGGAUCUCCCGGGCCGUUCACCCCUUCGUCGAACCUCGGCGUCGGCAUCAUGAUACACGGCGAAGAAACCAAUUUGGCAUGCGGCGGCGGCCAGGAGCACGACUUCGCGUUCGACAUGGCCAUGCCCGACCUCGUGUACCCCGCGUGGUCGUGGGAAGGCCAGGCGCUAUGGAACCCUUCAGAGUCUCUGCUGCAGACGGAGGACUUCGACCUCCACGCGAUCCCUCCUAUCGAGCUGGGUCUGCCCAAGUACGACGCGGGCGACGUGCACGAGCAGCAGAUCGCGGAACAACAGCAGCAGCACGACAACACCCAGCCGGCGAUGCCGUCGUCGUCCUCCGAUUGCGGACCCCAGACCUCGACCGGCCCGUGGUUGCUCAGUGCGUCCGACGCACGCUCGGACGGGGGCCACGACCCCUUCGCUGGCAUCUCGUUCGACGACAUGAUGCUUUCCGACCGAUUCUAA